AUGUCAUCAACACGAACUGCUCCACGAACAACAAAUGUUAAUAAGACAACAUCAACAUUAAAUACACAUCAUACAAAUGGUUCAACUAAUUCAUAUGAUAAUAAUGAUUCAACUGUUAAUGUUAACAAUAUGUCUGAAAUCGAUUCAAAUGUACAAAGAUCAGUUUUAACAAAGAAUACUUCUCAAUCGGAAGGUAUUUACCGAAAUCCUCGAUUUGUUCAUGCAGUAACUAUUGGAUUAUUGGGUCAACCAGUUAUUAUUCAAACAACUGAACGAGAACGUUUUCAUGGUGUACUUGAAACAAUAUCUUCCAAUGGUGAUGUUGUUUUAUCAGUUGCUCAUCGAUUAGAUAAUAAUAAUAAUGAUGUUAUGGGAUUAUCAACAUCAUUUAUUGAUCUUUUUGAUACAGUUGAUAGUUCAUCACAAUCAUUUGAAUUAAAUAGACGUAUUAUUCCAUCAAGUAAUAUUGUUGAAAUAAUUGCUGGUGAUAUUGAUUUAUCUGGUAGUGGAAAAUGUAUGCUUGAUGAAAAUCCAAAAGUAACUCAAUUGGAAGAUGAACGUUUUAAUCGUAUGGAACAUUUUUAUGGUACAGAUGAAAUUGAUCCAGAUACAUUCGAAGAUCUUGAUAUUGGUGAUGAUGGAAAAGCUGGUUAUGAUCCAGAAGAUAUGUUUCAUACUAACCGAGAAAAAUUUAAUACAACAACAGAUUUUCAUGAAAGCAAAUAUACAAAUGUUCCUAUUCGUCAAAUGACAACUGAUGAAUUAGCAGAAAUAGAAAAAAAAGCUUCAGAAAUUGAAAAAGGAACUCGAAAUGAUGAUAUCGAUGAAGAUGAUGCAGGUGUAAAACGUCCAUCUGAAUAUAAUCAAACACAUACUGUUGAUGAUGGAAAUAGUAAUAUUAAAAAUAAUCAAUCAUCACGUUCACAUACAAGUGAUCGUCGAUCAGAUUUUCGUUAUGAUGCAGAAUAUAAUGCAUCAAAACGUGGCAGUUGGCGUGAACAACGAACUGGUGGUGGUGCUGGUAAUAAUCGACGUGGUGGCGGUCCAAAUAAUUAUUCAAUGAAUAAUCCAAAGUCGAAUCAACGUUCCGAACAAACACAAUAUACAUCAUCACGUUCAUCGGAACAAUCAACAAAUAAUCGUCAACAACAAUAUAAAUCUCGUAAUAAUCGUUUUACAGAUAAUCGUUCACCACACGAAGGACGUGAUUCACCAUUACAAACAACAAAUGAUGAAACAACACGUGGUCAAAGAAUCAAUAGUGGCAGUUUUUCACAAGGACAAAAUUCAGGUCCAACAAGUCCAUCAACCACAGUUCCGGCACGUACUAUUUAUUCAACAAAUAAUCGACCACCUAUUGGAAGAAAUUCACCAGCACCAUAUACAGGUAGUUCAUCUUCUCGAAAUAAUUCAACAACAACAACAUCACCAUCACCAACAACAGCAGCAACAACAACAUCGUAUCAAACAAAUUCUACUGGAACAGGAAAUUAUUCUCAACAAUCAAAUAAUAAAAUGGCUAAAAAACAAUUACGCAAUGAACAACAAUCAACAACUGAUGAAUCAGAUCAACCAAAACAACAACGUAAUCAACAACAAACUUCUUCAAAUAAUCAAUUAAAUACAGUUCCACUUAAUCGUCCAUCACAACUGCAUACUCAACAAAUAAGACAACAACAACAACAACAACAACAACAACCAAUUUCAUCAUCUAAUAAUAAUGUUCCACCUCCAUUAACACUUCCAACUCAAGACGAUCAUUCAUCUAGUCAUGAAACAAUAAAUCCAAAUCAAUCGGAUCAAACAAUGCAUAUAACAAAUGCACCUGUUUAUACACAGCAUACAACUGGAACAAUAACACCGAGUAAUGUUAAAACGAAUUCGGGCUUAAAUCCAGAAGCUGAUGAAUUUGUUCCUGUAUUUUCGCGUGAAAGUAGUUCUCGACCAGAAUCUCGUGGAGCAACAAGCUCAAUGUCGAUCAAUACAUUUAUUCCACAUGCUCAUCCACAAGCACUUCAUCUUUUACAGCAACAACAAGUACAACAAACUCAAGUACAGCAAUCAUCAAUGAUUCCACCAACACAUCCUCAAAGUGCAGCAGCUUUAUAUCAACAAUAUUAUCAACCAUCAUUUACCAAUAUGGCACCAUUUGUUACUUCUACACCACAACAAAUGAAUGUUAGUAUGAUGGGCACACAGAUGAUGCCACCACAAACACAACAACAAUUAUCUGGUAAUGGACCAAAUACAAGUAAUGCAGGUACAGGUGGAAUGACAACACCUAGUGGUAGCUCUGGUUCAACAUAUAAAACAAGUACUAAUCCAGGCCAUAGUGGAGAUACUGGAACUACUGGUGUUAAUAAUGUCGCACCGAAAAAAGCUGUUGUAUCUGUUCAACGUGCCGAACAAUCCAAUGUACCUCAACAACAACAAGUAACUGGUGCUCCACCAAUGGUAUAUCCAACUGCAUCAAUUCGAUAUUAUCAACCUGAUUAUAUGACACAACAAGCAACUCCACCAUCCAUGCAAUUACAACAAAUACCUUUCUAUUAUCCUAUUAAUACAUCAGGUAUUAUUCAAGCAGCUGCGGCAGCAGCAUCUGGUGUAGGCCCACCUCAAAAUAUAAUGAUUCCAUCGACUAGUUCAUCAGCUGGACCAGCUACACCGGCUCCUCCUUCAAUAUACUAUCCAGGAGUGUAUCCAGAUCCACGUAUGUAUGGAGUAUACCCGUCAGCAGCAUCAGUUAACCCAGGUGGUGUAAAUCCGAAUUGGCAAUUGAAUCGCUCACCUCCUCAUCAACAACAACAACCAACAGAUCAACAACGGGCUUAUGUUGGCGGACAAAAUGUAGUAUCUCAAGUACCUCCACCAACAGGUACACAAAAUACUGGCAGUGGUGGUGGUAGUGGUCGAUCAGCAUCUACAUCGGGUCCAUCAGGUCAGGCUGGUGCUAGUUCUGCUGGCUCUUCAAUGACACCACAAUAUGCAUUGAAUGGAAGUGUAGCGGCUACUUAUGCAUAUGGAUCACCUGCUGCUUGGUAUUCUGCUCAAGCACAAGUUCCAUCACCUCAAACAAAUAUACCUCCUCAAGUAAAUGCAUAUAGUAUGAUGUUUGAUCCAUCUCAACAAGCACCUCCACAGCAACCAACAUAUGUACAUCCAAGCCCAUAUGAGGCUGCUUAUUUUCAACAACCACAACAACAACUUACACAACAAGGCUUAGAUACAGUGCCACCGGGCAGUUAUAACCGUUAA